UCAUAUUGUGAAAUCUGCAUUACCGGUUGAACUAAGCACAGCCAAGCCAAAUAGUCGUUGUAGCUUGGACCAUUUUCACUAGUCGAUUCGAUUUAGGGCUUGCAGAGAGAAAGAGAAAGAUGGGAGGAGGAGACCAUGGCGAGAGCGUCACAUACAAGGGCGUGACCUUGCAUAAGCCUAAGCGAUGGCACACCCUUACCGGCAAGGGCUUGUGCGCCGUCAUGUGGUUUUGGGUUCUCUACAGGGCUAAGCAAGAUGGUCCUGUAGUUUUGGGUUGGCGACAUCCUUGGGAGGGCCAUGAUGACCAUGGUCAUGGACAUGAUCAUUAGGUUCUUUCUUCUUUUCUUUUCUUUUAGGAAAAAGAGAAGUUUGGGAGGUGGGGGCUGUGAUGACCACCUCUGAGAGUUGGCUGGCAAUUGAAGUGUAUUAGUAGUCAUUUCAUAGUUUCAUGGUUCAGUAGUAUGGCCUUUUUGUUCUUCUCAACAAGUGGCAGUUGUUAUCAAGUCAUUUAUUUAUGUUAUCACAUCCUGCUGAAUUUUUUUGCUUGAUUAGAGAGUGAAGUUCCUGUCUGAAUUCUUUGUCAAUGUUUACCCAUCUCAUAUCACUGCCUUUGAUUUGAUGGCCAGCGAUUGUAUUGGAUGUUGAAUUGAAAGAAAAGUGCUUCAAUAUAAUCUUCUUUUAAAGUUUUUUUUUUUUUGGGUUUUUCCUUUUUAUAGCAUUUGUAUGUGGGAUGA